AACUCUGGACUCUUUCUACCUCACCCCGCUAGUGUGUCCUCCGGCCCGAGGGCCCUCCCCACAACUAUAAAGGUGGCAGCGCCGGCCGGUUGAGCUCACUUGCCGGACAGACCGGGUGGCAGAGGGACGCGGCCGUGGCGCGAUCGCUCCGGGCUCCCCGACGCGCUCCAGCCGCAGCCCCGCGCUCUCCCCGCGCCGCCGCCCGCUGCCCUGCCCGAGCGCCCGCGCCGCCGCUCCCUGCUCCCGGCGGGAAGGACAAUGGAGGCGCGACGCGCGGGCCGCGUCCCCGCGCUGCUGCUGUGCCUGGGUUGCCAUCUUCUCCAAGCAGUUUUCGGCACCACCGUGAUUCCUUCAUGCAUCCCAGGAGAAUCCGAAGAUAACUGUACAGCUUUAGUUCAGACAGAAGACAAUCCACGUGUGGCUCAAGUCUCAAUAACAAAGUGUGGCUCUGACAUGAAUGGCUUCUGUUUGCAUGGACAGUGCAUCUACCUGGUGGACAUGAGUGAAAAUUAUUGCAGGUGUGAAGUGGGUUACACUGGGGUCCGCUGCGAGCACUUCUUUUUAACCGUCCAACAGCCCUUGAGCAAAGAAUAUGUCGCUUUGACUGUGAUUCUCGUUUUCUUGUUUCUCGUCAUCGUUGCCGGUUCUAUAUACUACUUCUGCAGAUGGUACAGAAAUCAAAAGAGUAAAGAACCAAAGAAGGAAUACGAAAGGGUGACGUCAGGGGAUCCAGCAUUGCCACAAGUCUGAGUGCUGCCGUCCAGCUAUGGUCAGGGAUGUGCAGAGUGCCUGAUUAUGUUAAUAUUCCUAUUUUAUUAAUAAUAUUUAUGUUGGAUCAUGUGUUAAGUCAACAAUGGUGCAUUUUUAAUAUACUUGGAAAAGUUUUUUAUUUUUGUUUUAUUUUUGACAGACUAUUUGCUAAUGUAUAAUGUAUACAAAAUAUAUAAUAUAGAAAGAAGUCCUAUUUUUGUAAGAAAUAAUUUCCUGGGCCAAAUGCUUUAGCUUCAAAGCUCAUUUGCCAGCUACACAAUGCUUAGGAGUGAGCGAUGUCCAGUUCAUCACUCAGGAAGGGUCAACAAAUGACAGAUUCCUGUUAAGCCUAAAUGUAUAUGGUCAAAUCGAAUGAAUAUUUUCCUACUCCUCACAUGAGCGAUAAUUGAUUUGACUGUAUCACAGUUUGAUGUAUGUCAUGGCACCAGUGUGUCAUGUAUUAAAACACUAAUGCAAUGGGAAUUGGGGAAAAGCGAGUCUAUAUCAUGUGCUAAGCACUACACGCAGGGAACGAAGUAGACCCAGGAGGGCUGUAUCCUUCUGUCCCUACCCUCAGCUCUGAUUCCAUGGUGACUGGCCUGGAGGGCAAGAGGACAGUGCCCUCUGCCAGCUCACAACUGUGGACCCGAGUCACUCAGCUUCAGAUUCUUCUUGCAUUAAAGGAAUUGACAACUUCAUUUUAUGCCAUCUUUUAUGUAAAUAGUAGGUGUUUUCUAGCUUCACGAUAUUUCUUGAGAAACAUAUGUUCAUGAGAAAAUUUAAAAAAACAUCCACACUUGAAGCCAAAAUUUGGGCUUCUUUUUAAAAGUAUUUGUUUUCAUAGGGACUUUGAUUAAGAAUUCUAAGAUUUUUUUUUUAUUUUUUUUUAAUGUUUAGUUUUGAAGGAGAGAGAGACAGAGCGUGAGUGGGGGAGGGGCAGAGAGAGAGGGAGACACAGAAUCCCAAGCAGGCUCCAGGCUUCGAGCCGUCAGCCCAGAGCCCGACGUGGGGCUCCAACUCACAAACCACGAGAUCAUGACCUGAGCUGAAGUCAGGCAUCUAACCGACUGAGCCACCCAGGCGCCUCAAGAAUUCUAAGAUUAAAUCGUAGUCCAAAAUUUGAUGGACUAAUCAUUAUUUUAAAGUCUAAGACAGUAAUUCUGUAUAUUGUUUAAAGAUGGAAAAUAUGGUUAUUUCAUCUUCUAUGCAACAGAGUUUUAAUUUAAAACAAUGCAGUAAGUAGCUCCUUCUAGAAUUUAAGAUUAAAUGUGUAAAAUCAUAUCCUGAUGUAGGAAGUGGAAAACAAUAAGAAAUAUAGACCAUAGUGUAUUUUCCCAAAUGAACAAAUUCAUUUGAAAACUUUUAAAAUUUAGAGACUUAACCACGCCUUCUUUUGGACACUGAGGUGAAACCAGGGCCCUGCUUGCUGUCUUUUGUUUAUUUUUUUGGAAAAGAUGAAGAUUCCUCCUGUGCUUGAGCCCAUGGUCUCGUUGCGUUACUAAGGGUACUUGGGGGCAACCGCGUGAGGAACCACAGCUGUCAACACCUCCAGGUCUCAGGGGACACUGCCUCUUGGAAUACUAGACCUUUGGGUAGAGUCCCUCAGGAUCACACACCUUGUUAGGGAGGGUCUCCUCUUUGUUUACCUUUUUUCCUGGCAGGUGCUAGGGCAACAAAGAGAAAUAAACAACAGCUGACUUCUGAAGUGCUAGGUGCCAGGACUUGCCGCCAUAUGUAUCCCUUUAUUUGUACCAUGGUGCUCUCACAUGACUCUUUUCUAAAGUGUUGGAUCUGGUCCCUCACUAUUAGAGGAAAAACACGUGUGUGUGUGUGUGUGUGUGCGCGCGCGCGUGCGUGUGUGCAUAAAAUAUGCAUAUAUAUAAGCAAACAUUUAUAUAUGCAUAUUAUGUAAUAUACAAAUUCAUAUGCAAAUACACAUGGACACAUGAGCUCAUUCAUAGAAUUGUAGUCAUUUGUUGCCCAUUCAACAGCACAUAAAACUUAAACACAAGAUAAAGAGAAAUAAAAUAAGGGGCACCUGGGGGGGCUAAGUUGGUUAGUCUGACUCUUGAUUUCCGCUUGGGUCACGAUCUCAUUCGUGGUUUGUGAGUUUGAGCCUUACUCUGGAGUCGCCUUGGGCUUCUUUCUCUCUUUCUCUCUCUCCAACUCUCCCCUACUCUCUCUCUCUCUUUCUCUCAAAAUAAAUACAUAAACAUUAAAAAAAAGAAAUAAAACUUUUAGACCUAAAAGGAUAUUUCCAUUUCCCUUUUAAUAUAGCUGAAAUCAAAAGUGCUGUGUAAGAAUACAUUUUAAGUCCUACACAUUGUUACUGACGCCUACUAGAUGUAAAUGAAGUCUGCUUACUCUAAGUGAUCUUGUCGGUGUCAAAGAAAAUGUACUGACUUACCAAGAUAUCAAUAGCAAUUCACUUAUUUUGCUUACCGAAGAGGGUUAUAUUGGUUUAUCUUAAACGUCUCAGUCCUUACUAAGUAACAAAUUGUAAGUAGUUUGGGGGUGUUUUUAAUCUUUGCUUACGAAUGCUUAAAAAACUAACCCCUAUAAAAGUUAAAUCUUUGUUUAUAAAUGUAUAUUAAAUAAUGAAAGGAUGCGACCCAGAUUGCUUUUUGCGGGUGACAAUAUGUCAGAAGUAAUUGUUUUAAUGAGGACGAUGCUGAGCAGGUAUCGACGAUGAUUGUCAUCAGCUCAAAUUUCCAACAAUGGAAAGAUUUGGGCUCAUGUUUCAUCUAUCUUUCUUGCUUUACAGCGUUCUCACGAUACAUAUUUCUCUAUAUAUCUCCAAAGUACUGAGAAUACGUGCUGUCAGGCAUCAAACCAAUUUUCAUGCUAGAGAUAUAUGUAUCAGUUUCUAAUUUCUGUUGAAUUCAAUAAUCUGAUUUUUAAAAGCUCAUGUCUGAUCCACGUGGUCAUUUUUGCUCCUAUAUCCACUCUGUAGACUUUGGAGGGAAAAAAUGUGUUUAACUGGCUGCUCAAUAUUUUCUGAUUUUUUUUCUAUUCUUAUGCACAUGGGAGAAGGGGAGUAACAACUUGCAUAAGCAGUGUACUUUUUUACUGUUCUAGCAAAAGAGUAAUUUUGUCUAAAGCAUACCCGUUAUUCAAACUGGAUGAGGUUAAGUGUAAGAUAGUGUAUUUUUCCUCUUUGCUGUUUUUGCACUCUGUAAUUGCACUUUUUAAGUUUGAAGAGCCAUUUUGGUAUGCAGUUUAUAUUGAAGAGGCUAUGGGCCAUAAAGUUGUAUUGCAUGCAGUUUAACUUAUUUGACAAUGGAUUUUAUCAGAGUACUGAAUUGUAUCAAUUUGUUUGUGUUCAAUAUCAGCUUUGAUAAUUGUGUACCUUAAGAUAUUGAAGGAGAAUAUAGCUACUUUACAAGAUAUUGUUAAUGUUUAUUUAUUUUUGUUGGGAACUGGAAAAAAAGACAACUGAAAAAUAAAAAUGCAUUAAGUAUCAUGCACAAAGGAGUUUCGCUGAUAAA